AUGAAUUCAGUAUUACAAAUGGAUCUUGACAAAACAUUCGGAUCGUCUCCUUCAAAUGUAACUCUUCCUAUAUCGGCCCGACCAGAGUGUGAGGGGCAGGCUACAAAACCUAAACUUUACUUGUACACAAAUUUUGGAAAAAUGCAAUCACCUAAAAGUGCAAAUAGUACAAGUCACUCAUUAAACGACGUGUCGAAAUCGACAAUCUGUAGGUCAUUAGGAAGUAGUGGAGUAUUGAAUUCACCCUAUUCUAUGACAAACAAUACCUUAAAUAUCUCGGCCGUCACACCUGAUCCUAGCCGACUUUCUAGUCAACUGGAUAAUCUAUUGUCAGAUAGUGAAGUGAAAAGCUGUACCCCCGGGCCAGAUGAAGGAUUAGAGGAUACCAGUGAUCCCCGUCUCUGCCCUAGGGUACUUGUUGAUGUUAAUCUGCCCAUUCAAAGACCCAAAGGAUCAAACUGUUUGACGGCGGCAAGUGCAGUGAAUAAUUAUUUGAGCACUCGGACUUCGACACCAUUACAUUCAAAUUCAGGGAUUAACUGUGAGAGAAGUGGUAAAAAGACCAGAUUUAAAGAAGGGAGAUGGAGAAAUGCUAAGGAGGAAACCUAUAAAAGUUUAAUUUGGGUUCAAAUUGGUACGUUCGAGUGCACCUUAAAUGAAAUAGGAGAAUUUCCUUAUUGA